GUCUCCCUAAACCCUCAACUUCUUCUUCUUCCUGUCUCGGCUGCUACUGCUGCUCGAUAAACCCUCUGGAGCCCUUCGCCGCUUCCCCGGCACUCUGCAACUUCUUCCGUUUCUGCGGCCGACCUCUGUCACUGCCCAGCCGAAGGGAAAGAGGAGAAAAAGUCUCCAUUUUUCAGUUCAAAGAUGGUGAAGAAGAGCAAAAAGAGCAAGAGUAAGAGGAUUCCCUUGAGGAAGAAGUACAAGGUGCUGAAGAAGGUGAAGGAGCACCACAAGAAGAAGGCCAAGGAGGCGAAGAAGCUCGGGCUGAAGAGGCGGAAGGUCGAGAAGGACCCCGGCAUCCCGAACGAAUGGCCCUUCAAGGAACAGGAGCUCAAGGCUCUCGAGGAGCGUCGAGCCCGUGCCAUUGAGGAGUUGGAGCAGAAGAAAGCUGCCCGCAAAGAGAGGGCACAAAAGAGGAAGUUAGGGUUGUUGGAGGAAGAUGAUAACUCCACUAAAGAAGCAGUGUUUGAGGAAAAGAGCAAGGAUGAAAGUACCACUACUGGUAAACACAGAGAUAAUUCAGACAGAGCUUUCUACAAGGAGUUGGUCAAAGUCAUUGAAGCUUCGGAUGUAAUUUUGGAAGUUCUUGAUGCUCGUGAUCCCCUCGGUACCCGCUGUGCUGAUAUGGAGAAGAUGGUGAUGAAAGCCGGUCCUGAGAAGCAUCUGGUUCUGCUUCUGAAUAAAAUUGAUCUUGUCCCUAGGGAAGCUGUUGAAAAGUGGCUCAAGUACCUGAGGGAAGAGUUGCCGGCCGUUGCAUUUAAAUGCAGCACCCAAGAGCAGAGAUCCAAACUAGGCUGGAAGUCUUCCUCGAAGGCAGCAAAAUCAAGCAAUCUUCUUCAAACAAGCGAUUGUCUCGGAGCAGAGACUCUCAUCAAAUUGCUCAAGAAUUACUCGAGAAGUCACGACAUAAAGAAGUCAAUUACAGUUGGUGUUAUUGGCUUGCCCAAUGUUGGUAAGAGUAGUUUGAUUAAUAGCUUAAAGAGAUGUCAUGUCGUGAAUGUGGGUGCCACUCCUGGAUUGACAAGGUCGAUGCAAGAAGUCCAGUUGGAUAAAAAUGUCAAGCUAUUGGACUGCCCUGGUGUUGUCAUGCUGAAAUCAUCUGGGAAUGAUGCAGCUAUCACUCUUAGAAACUGCAAAAGAAUCGAGAAGUUGGAGGAUCCAAUUGCUCCAGUGAAGGAGAUUCUCAAGCUUUGCCCAGCGAAAGUGUUGGUAACACUAUACAAGCUCCCGACCUUCGAUUCUGUCAAUGACUUUCUGCAAAAGGUAGCCACUGUCCGAGGCAAGCUCAAAAAGGGUGGCAUUGUGGAUGUGGAAGCCACUGCUAGAAUUAUCCUUCAUGAUUGGAACGAGGGUAAAAUUCCGUACUACACUAUGCCCCCGACAAGGAAUCAAGAAGCAGCCUCAGAAGUAAAGAUAGUGUCGGAGUUCGGAAAGGAGUUCAAAAUUGAUGAAGUCUACAAUGGGGAGUCUUCCUUUAUCGGCAGUCUCAAAUCCAUGAGUGAUUUCCAACCUGUGGAAGUCCCUCCGAGUUGCCCACUCCAAUUUGACGAGAAAAUGCUUGAGGAAGAUGCCCAACCACAAGCGACUCAAGGCGAUAGGGAUCCCGAGCCCAUGACUGAAGGAGAUCAGACUAUGACCAACGAGGAUGAUGACACAGACAUGUCUAGAGGGCAGUCUACUACUUCGAGCAGGCAAAACGAGAAGUUGUAUACAGCAGAAGGGAUACUGAACCCAAAGGCAAAGAAGGCGGAGAAGAAGAGGAGGAAGAAGGCCAAGUCCUCUGGUGAAGCCAUGGACGAGGACUACGACUUCAAGGUGGAUUUUCGGAAAAAGUCCAUGGGAAAUGACAGUGAGGAUGAUGAUGAGAUCAUCGGUAAGGUGCCCAUGUCAGGAGUUGAAUUUGAUGAGUGAGCUAGGGCAGGUUUUGCUACUAGCUGUCUGAUGAGCUUGCUCCUCGUGACUUCAUCUGGCUCGGGGACUAUUGAUUCUUUUGCAAUAGCCAAGUUUUGCAAUAUAUGUAUUUUCAGCUAACGCUUUCAUUGUAGUGAAGAUAAAAAAACCGAGUUAUGUGCCUUAUUAGGAAGAAGUUUUGUUGGGGUUGUACUA